AAAUCUGAACCUUUCCACAACUGUCAGUCAUAAAAUGGUUCGCUCACCCGAUGGUAUACAUUAAUACUAAAUGUCUGGAAAGGCAGAAAUCAAACGUUGAGGUGGAAUAAACCGACGCCAUAUUGAUUAUAAUAAGUUGGUGCUGGGUGAUCUAAAAAGCCAUCUUAUCAUGAGGACAAGUCAGAAUUCGCAACGAGUUUUGUCGAAAUUCGGAGUUUGUUUUUCAAGAAUAUCCGAGUUGAUUGUUGCUUGUGGUCACGUUUCGUUGACAACAUGACGUCUGCUGCAACGUGUAUUAACAGUGCCAGAAGAUUCUGUAAAAUUGGCAAGAAAAGUGUAUGUUUGAUGACGCUAUGUUUGUUUGUAUUUUUAUUUAAGAAUAGUUUCUUUAAGCUACAAAGUGAAUACCAUCAAUUCAAUAAACCUAUCCAUGAGCGUAGGUUACAGGCGUUUAAAAUCGACCAAUACGUGACUGUGCCAAAAAACAUUUCAAAUGUUCGUAUUAGGCCUAAAAAUGAAGUGAAACCGGUGAAGGAAUUGAACGGGGUGAAUGACAUCCAAUGUUACGCAUCAAACGAAUGCCAACGUCUGAAACCGUUACCGCCGAAGAAACUCAAGGCAAGAGGAUGUCAAAGACGUCUUCCGGAUGCUUUAAUUGUCGGCGUGAAAAAGGCAGGAACCAGUGCAUUGAAGUCUUUCUUGUGUUUUCAUCCGGAGGUUAUUGCAAGUCACUUUGAACUGCAUUAUUUUGAUGUGAGAUAUUUUCUAGGCAUAGAAUGGUACACAUCUAAUCUACCAUAUGCCACCGCCAACCAGAAGGUUUUAGAGAAAACACCAAAAUACUUUAUAUAUCCCGACGUUCCGAGGAGAAUAUGUGAUGACAUAUCUCCUAACGUCAAGAUAAUCAUCAUUCUGCGUGAUCCAGUGACGAGGGCAAUUUCAGACUACGUCCACGAGGAUGAGUCGCGUGAAAGAAAGAAAGUCGAGGGCGAGCGUGAAGAUCGCUUAACCCCUCAAUUAUCCCCGGAGAUGGAAGCAUUGAAAAACAUCCACAAGAAAAUUGACAGACAGAAUAUUGAGAUGGCAGGCCUAAAUAUUUAUUCUAAACUCGGUGAUACAUUUGAGAGUAGUGUGGUUGACGCGAAUGGUGAUGUUAUUCGCACGAAUGCAAUUGUCGAUAGCAGCAUUUACGUGACUCAUAUUUUGCGAUGGAUGGAGUACUUUCCACGCAACCAGAUCUUGAUACUGGAUGGGGACGCUUUCAUUAAAGACCCGGUACCGGCUCUCCAGCAAGUUGAAUCUUUUCUAGGCGUCAAAAGCUACUUUUCCAGAGACAAUUUUUACUUCGACGAGGAGAAACGCUUCUAUUGUGUAUCUAAGCCAGAGAAAUCGUGUAUGCCGAAGGUGAAAGGUCGUCCACAUCCAAACAUUAAUCCAAAAGUUUUGAAAAAAUUACGGGAAUUUUAUAAACCGUACGACCGAUGGCUGGUAGAAGUGACAGGACAAAACUUCACAUGGAUGGCAUAUGAUAAAGAAUUCUAGAAACUGGGGAAAAGUUACACUGAGUAGAGGGGUUACCUUUGAUACAACUGAAAGAACUGCGAACUUAUGUGAUUACUUUAACAAAUAGGCCUGAGUACUGAAUAAAGUGAAGAACAACAACAUUCCUAUGAUAAAGUUUAAACAUUUUACUAGAUAUUUAUAAUUAUAUUUUUCGUAUUUCAAUUAAUUUCGUAUUUUUUUAUCCGUUGCACUAGGAUAACCAUAAUUGUGUCAUUUCAAGCCACACCUAUGUUAUCUUUCAAAAAGUGGAGUGUUAACUGUUUAAUGUAACUGGAUUUCACUGUACUUAAAUUAUUGUUUUCGAUUCUUUGUUGUCAAAGAACGUCUUGUGUGGCCAGUCACAUGGUACUUGUCGUUUUUGUCAAACAGGUUUGUUACACACGUAGUGUUAAAAUACGAUAUGCGUUUGAUUUGAAAUAGUUUAUUUAUGGACAAUGUCAGCCGUUUAUGAAAGCCACUGGUUUGAAAAGUAUCUGUUUAUAUUGUCUUUUUAAAUGGUGAUCCUGCGUGCUGACGUCUCGCACGCUCGUGAGGAUAUGCAGAGGGUAUGGUCAUAAGUAUUGUAGUGUAGCCAAUGCUAAAGGAUGUUUAUUGUUUUAGCAUGAAUACUUAAUUAAGGUGGUAAUGCGGGCUUACUAAUAAUCCAUAAGCGCGUGAGAGUGCCACUUAAACCGUUAUUGGAGCGUCUCCGCGUCACCGAUGACGUAGAAUGUCUUUCAGAUGUUACCAUCCUCUGGCUUCUUUUUUUGCAAUAAAUGAAUAUAAGUAAUAAACUGCAACAUUUUCGCACCGAUUGCGACAAUGCAUGUAUUACAGUAGCAACAUCAGUUGAUUUGUUUUUAUAACUUUCAAAAAUAAAAGUAGCUCUUCUGCGCGCAUUGAAA